CUCUUCCAACUCCAUAUUGCAGAGCUCAGUCUCAGAAUCUCAGACACUCAGACACUCAGAAUCUCGUUCCAUUCAUUUCCAAGCUUUUUUUGCAACCGAAACCUCCAACCCCCCGCUAUCACCUUUUGCUUGUCGCUGCCGGUUCGCCUUGUUGUGUGAAUGAUGCAGAGCGCCGUGUUCUAUGGCAGCGACCAGGUGACGACCGUCUCGUUCAAGGUGCCCGAGUCGCUGUCGGGCGAUCUUGUCUACGACGCGUCGCGCGAGUCUGCCGGGCGGUCGUUUGCGCGCUACGGCGAGCUCGUCCAGUUCCUCAUGAUUGUCGGAUGCCCCAUCCACGACAUUGGUCGCAUGCCGGCGCAGUACGAAGCCUGGCGAGCAGAGUUCUCGACGCUCCAGAUUGACGUUCGCGUCCAGCCCUUGCCCCCACUGCCCAACGGCGGCGAGGAGGACCAACCCCGUCCAGGGCAGAAUGCUGCUGGUGCUACCAUCACGAGCACGCAGGCGCUACUGCACGCGAGCGGUGCGGCGUCGUCUUUAUCAUCAGGUCAAUUCGUUCCCGACACGCCGCUCGCAACGCUGCUGGCGUCCCCGACAGCCAAGAUCCAGCUGCAGCCAUACUCGGUGAGCAACUCUGCACGGCGGUAUGACGAAGCGGAUUUCCAAGAGCGGGCGGCAACUUUGCCGGAUCCAACCGACGCUCGUGCUUCUGCUUCUGACGACGCGACGAAGCAUCACGAUGCUGCUGCAACCAGCAAGUCUCGUGCGCUUCCUCGUGACGGCGGUGUUCGGCGAAGUUACAGCGUUGCUUACGGUCCAAAGACGCAGCUGUCGCAUUCGUCCAUUCCCCUCGCCCACGCAGACAAUGGAGACAUUAUUUACCUCGUAUCAACGUAUCUUGGACACAUUCCCCAAUGUCAGCGUAUUCAAUUCACCAUCAACACCAAUUCUGUGCAGGCUGGCAGCGCCAUGGACUUGACGGCACUCAAUCUCGUCACGCCGAACGAAUUCCUCGAAGUAUUGGCAUCGCGGUCGGUACCCAAUCAAACUCUGAACAAUCAUGCUCUGCGCGGGGCUUUGACAUCAUCCGCUGCUGGAGAAGCUGGGGGUCCCACAGCCCUGUCUGCCGCCGCCAUGUUGCUUUCUCGACGCGCUGCGCUGGUAAACACGGAACAGGCAAAGCGGCCAUUCACCUGCACAGCCGACUUUGUUCUUGAUCUCAUCCCACCGCCUCGCGUUGAGAGCUCUGCAGCACGUAUUGGAAGGAGCUUGUUUUUGAGCUUUCACAUCUCCAAUCCGCACGAACGCGAGCGAAUCAGCUUGCAUGGCGUGGACUUUUCGGUUGCUCGAGGAGGUCCUUCUGCAGUUGUGUCGUCGGGCUUGGCGCCGGUGCCUUCAGAAGACGCGGGCUCGACACUGCAGCUCUGGCUCACGGGCGAUACCGAGUUUCCAAUCACGCUCAGUCCCGGGGAACGCUACACUUUUGUGUAUCGCAUCGACGAGACGGUGCCCCGAACCACCUUCAUUCACAGUAGUGUAAAGAGUGCGCGCGGGUUGCUGUUUGUGCGUUGGAAUCCGAGCACGGCUGGCUGCACUGAAGAUCAAGUCAUCACGUGCGACUAUGGCAUUUCUGACCUGGCCGAGUUUGCCAAUCCGCAGUUGACCAUUUCGUCGUGCGUGGUUUCCGAAGGGACCGAAUUGCAAGCCAGCUCUGAUGGCACAACGUUCGUCCAGCGUGCGUCCGUCGGUGUGAUUUGUGUUCAGUACACUGUCGGCAAUCUCAGUUUGCAGUCCACGGAGGCGACGCUCUUACUGGGCGGUUCCGAUGCUCAUUCGAAGGAGGAAGUGGCUGUAUUGCAAGGCUCUGAGGUUUCCAGUGCCCAGUUGGAGUGUCUGACACCUCGAAUUCGAUUGGGCCCGCUAGCAACUGGCGCUUCGCUCGUUGUGACUGGGCAAUACAUUGCACGCUCUGCUGGGGUGGUUACAAUUCCAUUACCGCGCGUGUUCAACCAGCAGCUGCAGCAAUACGCAUCCAUUAGUGGCUCCGAUUUGAUUGUUGCCGUGUCAUAGUUCUUGACCCUUUGUUUGUUGCGCUGUCAAUACUUUCGCCGUUCCUUUACAACCUUUUGUGCGUUUUCGUCAAUAUCAUUUAAUAAAUGCUACAUUUUUCAUGCAA